AUGAUUCCCAGCAUCAGAGAGUGGACUUGGUACAUUCUCAAACGUUUCGCCGGCAUCGUAGUCGGCAUAGUCAGUGAGUUUUGCUAUUCUCCGCCCCAAGCUACUAACUCGGCAAAGAAGCAAGUGGAGUCAAUCCCUCGACGAACGUUCUGCCGAAAACGGUCAAACUAUGACUCCUUUUUCUGUCCUGGCUUAUCCAUCUACUCUUUACCCUCUUAUCCCAUUGCCGCCCUAUCACAACUUCUCAAUUGUUUACAUUCCACUCUUCAAAAUGUCUGCCCUUUUGUGGCAAAUCUAAUGCGGGCUCAUCACACCUACUUUUCACCUCCACCCAUUCUCUUUCUAUCGGCUGAUACGUCUUUGACCUCUGAUCCGGAUCCCCUCAUUGUCUCGUAG